AUUCAUUUGCUUCCUGGAUGCCAGACCGUACGACAGCAUGGGGAACUUUUCAAUUUUUCUGAUAGUCUUCUUCAUGUGGAAUAUCAGCUUUUCAGAUGCACUACCGAAUUGCUGCAGUAUAUAUGAUGAAUCCCAAGUCACGUGUUUACGAUGUCGUCCUCAGGCCAUCCCUCUGGAUAUACCAAGGAAUGCAACCUCUCUCGAUCUCCGUAGCAACAACUUGACAAUCUUACUUAAUGGAUCAUUUACACAUUUACCAUUUUUAGAACAUCUCACACUUAGUAGAAACAAAUUGUCGAUUUUACUGUCUGGAGCGUUUGAGGCCCUUGUAAACCUGAAGUACCUAGAUCUAUCAUACAACCAACUUGAUGUGUCCUCAUUUACAAGAUCCGUAUUCCAACCCCUGAAUAAUCUCCGAGUUCUGAGAAUAAAUAGGAACAACUUCUAUUUGAGGAAAGUCAUCCCAGACUCUGUGUUUUGGACUUUGUCACAUAUUGAGGCUCUUGCUAUAGAUAUAUUUGAUGGUUGCAGUUUCGGAAAAGGAUUUUUGAGAUUAACUAAUUUGAACACAUUGGAGUUUUAUGGGAAAUUGUCGAUAAGAAACACAUCAUUCCAAGGAUUAGAGCGAAUGAAUAUUUCUAUCUUGAGACUUUAUGUAAAAACGAGAACUUUAGAAGCUAAUGCUUUGUAUCCAUUUCAAAACAUGUCAUCUUUGUAUAUUAAUACGAAUCGAUACAGAGAUAUUAAUUCUGUUUUGCCUCUCCUAUACGGAUUACGAGGGAGAACUAUUGACAAUAUUAGAUUCAGUUACAACUAUGUACGUAACGCCGGGGUGGUUAAGUUAGGGAAAUCAGACAUACAGUUCCUCGACACAAUUUGCGUCAGGCAAUNAGUGGAACAUGACACAUAUCCAUAUGACAUCUUCGUUUCAUACUGCAAGGAGGAUUGCAAAUGGAUACGGAAAACAUUAGCUUCAUGGCUUGAAGAACAUGAUAUCAAAUAUAGUGCCGAGGAUAAAACAUUCGACACUGGAUUGGACAUAUGUGAUAACAUUAUGGGUGCCAUAGAUGAUUCAUAUCGAACUGUGUUUGUAGUAAGCUGUAAAUUCCUUGAAUACGAAUGGCCAACAUUCGCUAUGAAAGUAGCUAGUAGAUAUUCAUUUCGUGAAGGAAGAGAAAAUAUGAAUAUCAUUAUUUUGUUAGAUGACAUGAAACAAAGCGAAUUUCCAAAACUCAUCCGAGACAUCUGGCAUAAAAUACGUCCAUUGCAUUGGCCAAAUGAACACAACACCGAUAAAACAAGACUCAGAACAGCAAGGAAACUAUUCUGGGAAAAGUUAUUGAAACGUAUUCGUAAAGGAAAUAAACGACUUGUCGCAUGUUCACUCUCCGAAUCGACGAUAUAA